AUAAAUCAAUCAAAUGGCACGCAAUAUUUACCAUUUUUUGACAUAACAUUAAGGCGUAUUUUAUAAUUGUAGUUUGUUAUUUUCAUUCAAAUUUCAAAAGAGCUCACAAAAAUGGAUGUUGAUUUGGGUGCAUUUGAAACGACUCGUAUAUUUAUUGGCUGCUAUGAAGUGAAACUAAAGGAGAAUGUUCGAGUUACUGCCAAUACCAUUAAAAUGGUGUUACAGAAUCCAAACAAAUCGACCGAAAGCAUUGAAAAGACUAUUGAAAUAGUGCAAAUCUACAAGUGUGUUUGUCACCUAGGAGCUAAGUUAACAUUAAUGUUUUUUCUACGUCCAUCGUAUCGUUUGUACGAAGAAAUCGCAUCAGAAAGUGCUUCCAAAUCAACUCGCAAUGUGAUUAUUAUCGAAACGCAAUCACUGGAUGAUACCAUUAGCAAUGCCAUCAAACAAUUAUGCCCGAUGUGUGACGAAAUUUCGCAAGAUGACAUUGAAAAGAUGAUGAAGAAAUAUACACACGUCAAAAACAAUCAAAAACUACCAUUGGCAAAGAAAUCGAGCAUUGACGGCGCCGAUAUUCGUCGCAUUUUGACGUAUCCACCAACUGGUGUCGGUGCUAUUGCAAUCACUGUCACAGACUAUGAAUUUUUGGCUUGCGGAGAAUUCUUGAACGAUGUCAUUAUAAAUUAUUACAUUCAGUACUUAUAUCGCGAAGUGUUGACCGCAGAACAAAGACAAGUCACGCAUAUGUUCAACACGUUUUUCUAUGAAAAGCUAACAGAAACACCGGCGGAAUUUAGUCUUGAAGUGGACGAGGCACGUCAGCGGUAUAUUCGCGUCGAAAGAUGGACCAAAAAUGUAAAUAUAUUCGAGAAGGAUUUUCUUAUUGUUCCAAUAAAUCAAUAUGCUCAUUGGUACCUAGCAAUCAUAUGUUUUCCUGGAUUGACAAACAUUCACGCUGUUGAAAAACCAGGAUUACAUAUGACUGCGAAGAAAUCAACAAACAAUGCUGAUGAAUCGAUAAAAGAUGUCAAAACCGCACAAACCAAAUCCAAAUCAAUCAAUCGUGAAAAUGAUGACGAUGAUGAAAACGAUGAUGAUGAUGAUGAUGAUGAUGAUGAUGAUAAACCACAGCAUGUGGUCAAGAAGCCGUGCAUUUUGAUAUUUGACUCACUGUUCACUGAACACCGUCGAACGUUUGCAACGCUUCGCGAAUAUUUAAACUUUGAAUAUGAAUGCAAAGUAAAUAACGAUUUUAAAUUUGAUCCCAAAAAUAUUCCUGGAGUCAGUGUGAAAGUGCCACACCAAACAAACGCAUACGAUUGUGGAUUAUUCUUAUUGCAAUACAUCGAGCAGUUUUUUAAGACGCCGAUCACGAAAUUCGAAUUUCCAAUAAAAAGUUUGCAGAAUUGGUUUCACAAAUCGGAGGCAAAAGGAAAACGUCGUGUUAUUGCCGAACUAAUUAAAAAGCAAAUGGCCCAAAAUAAAGAAAAGGACGUUAUUUCGGUCGAUGAUUUGCCAUACAUUGAAUUGCCUGCAUGAAUUGAUUCAUUAUUUAUGCAGGCAAUUUACAUUGCUCAUUGCCUUCGUCAUGAAAAGUGUAAAUCAGCGAAAUCUCAACAUAGAAAAAACCCCGCAUAAAAUGAUGAUUGAUGUAUUGUAAUUGAUUCUUAAAAGGGCUGAAACGUAAAUAGAAAGUAAAACUGAAUA